GCCACCAACGAUACAAAUUGAGCGGUCAAGACAACCAUCCUUUGUUUUCUCCCGCUUUCAUGGCAAACUUUCAUGGAAACAAAACAAUUCCUUCCACUCCCUCACUCCCCAGCCUACCACAUUCUUCUCAAAGCGGGUCCUCGUCUCAAACCUCUCCAGCAAGUCCACGCCCACAUAAUCGUCUUGGGCUUUGGUCACAGCCGAUCCCUUCUCACCAAGCUUCUCAAUCUAGCUUGCGCUGCAGGCUCCAUUACCUACACUCGCCAAAUCUUCCUCUCUGUGACAAAGCCUGAUGCCUUUCUAUUCAAUUCCUUAAUCAAAUCCACAUCCAAAUUUCACAACUUCUCCAUCUAUUCUAUUUAUUUCUAUGGUUGCAUGCUCCUUUCCAAAAUCUUACCGUCAAAUUAUACUUUCACAUCUGUUGUAAAAUCCUGUGCUGAUUUAUCAUCCUUGAAACUUGGUAAAGUCAUUCAUGGACAUGUUUUUUUGAAUGGGUUUGGCUUGGAUGUGCAUGUGCAGUCAGCUUUGGUGGCCUUUUAUGCCAAGUCCGGUGAUUUGGGUAAUGCGAGGAAGGUGUUUGAUAAAAUGCCGGAAAGGAGCGUUGUGGCAUGGAAUUCAAUGAUUUCUGGAUACGAGCAAAAUGGAUUUGGGAAGGAGGCAACUCUGUUGUUUGAGAAAAUGAGGGAAGUGGGUGUAAAGCCUGAUUCGACCACCUUUGUAAGCUUGUUAUCAGCUUGUGCUCAGUUGGGAGCACUUUGUUUGGGGUGCUGGGUGCAUAAGUAUAUCAUUGAGCAUAGUUUGGAUUUAAAUGUGGUGCUGGGUACGUCUUUGAUUAACAUGUAUACCAGGUGUGGGGACGUGAGGAAAGCGAGAGAAGUUUUUGAUUCCAUCAAUGAAAAAAAUGUUUUUUCUUGGACAGCAAUGAUAUCUGGAUAUGGAACGAAUGGUUAUGGUCGCGAAGCGGUUGAGUUAUUUGAUGAAAUGAGAAGAAAAGGUCCAUCUCCUAAUCGUAUUACAUUUGUUGCUGUUUUGACUGCAUGUGCUCAUGCAGGGCUAGUGAAAGAAGGUCGCUUGGUGUUUGCAAUCAUGAGGGAAAAGUAUCUCUUGGUGCCGGGCGUAGAGCAUUAUGUUUGCUUGGUAGAUAUGCUUGGGCGUGCUGGACUCCUUGAUGACGCGUACAACUUUAUCAAUGAAGAAAUUCCCAAGGAGCCAGCUGCAGCUAUCUGGACAGCUAUGCUUGGGGCUUGCAAGAUGCAUAAGAAUUUUGAUCUUGGUGUAAAAGUUGCUGAGCAUCUAGUAGCUGUUGAACCAGACAAUCCAGGUCACUAUGUGAUGCUCUCAAAUAUAUAUGCUUUGGCGGGUAGAAUGGACCGAGUGGAAAUAGUUAGAAACAUCAUGAUCCGAAAGCGUUUGAAGAAGCAAGUUGGCUAUAGUACGAUAGAAGUUGACCGGAGAACCUAUUUGUUUAGCAUGGGUGACAAGUCACACCCUGAGACAAAUGAAAUUUAUCGUUAUUUAGAUGAACUGAUGUCGCAGUGUAGAGAGUUAGGCUACGCAACAGUAUCAGAGUCGGUGAUGCAUGAAUUGGAAGAGGAGGAAAAGGAAUUUGCACUUAGAUACCAUAGUGAAAAGCUUGCCGUAGCAUUUGGGUUAUUAAAAAUGAGCAAUGAUGAAGUUCCUAUCAGGAUUGUAAAGAAUCUUCGAAUGUGUGAAGACUGUCAUUGGGCAAUAAAGUACAUUUCAAUUGUUGCUAACAGAGAAAUUGUAGUUAGGGAUAAGCUUCGGUUCCACCACUUCAAGGAUGGCUUAUGUUCAUGUCAAGACUACUGGUGAUGUCCACAACAUGGCAUCUAACAUUUCACAUUCUCUGAACUAAUACACCUCAUCAAAGUAUCAUUCUUUACACCACUUUCUGAUGUUAUUAUUAUUUUGUCUUAAUUUUUUUUUGUAUAAAAUGCUAAUUAGAAGUAGAUUACAAAUAUAGUAGUGUUUAUUGAGACAUCUGGUAGACUGGUGGCAUUCAUUGCAUGUAUUUAAUAGCUUCUAUUCGUAUUUUGAUGCUGCACCUUAUGCAACGUAUCAAAGCUUCCAACUUCCAUAUCCA